UUGAAACGCAGUUUUCAAGUGGAGGUGGAAAUUGUUUAUUUUGUGGUUAGAUUUAGGAAAAAUAAAUGAAAUAAGUUAUCAAAACCACAUAAAGUGAGAACUUUUAGGGUGUACAAUUAAUAAAUGAGCUAAAACAUUGAUUAAACAAAAGUUUAAACGGUAAUCGAGUGAUUAUUUUGAUAAAAUUGACUUUUGGUGUGGUUUGGUUAGAAUUACAAAAUGGCGUCAACGCGGUGUCCUAGAAAAUGCGUCAUAAAUAGACGCCGUGCCGCUCUGUGCUAAAAUGGAUAUAAAUAGAGAAUGUGCAUUAAGUUAACUGUUUCUAAUAUGUGGAAAGAUGUCUAAUACAGUGAUAACAAACUAUACGGAUCUAAAUGGACCCUCCACUAAGGCAGAUAGUUCUGUUGUUGUUAUUGUAAACAAGGAUGGCUCGCUAUCGGUGGACGAAAACUUACUCGACACUCUAAUGGGUACAGAUGGUUCCCAAAGUGCUGGCAUAAGUGUUGUGAGAGUUGGUCACGAGGGUGCCCCCGACGACGCCACAGAUUCUGAUUCAGAAGCAGACGACAAGGUUCCACAUGUCACACUGUCUGUAGACAGCUACUAUAAUGAACCCAAUAGCAUAAUAAAAUAUGAUAGCGGAGCAGAAAUGUUGCAAUCAUUAAGAAUUGAAACCAGAGAAAACAGCCUUCUAGGCUUCCAAAAUGAUCAUUGCUAUACACCCCUCACAUCACCUGGUACCUCCACUGAACAGAGGAGUGAGGGGUAUUCAGGCUAUGAUGAGCCUAUUAUUGAAAUCAAACAGCAGUCACCACCAAAAUCUAUUCCCAGUUCCAAGAAAAUCACUAUAUUGGAGCAAAAAAUCAUACCCAAAGGCAAAAAGAUUCUCAUAAACCCCACUGAUGCAGUUGUGCUAAAAGGUAAAGAUGUUCUCAAUAAACCUUUGCCAACUAAACCGAAACAAGAUAUUGAAAAGGAAGCUAAAACUGAUGAUAGUGAAUCUUCAUCUAUCAGUUCUUCUGAAGAGAGCAUUCAAGACAGAGAUUCUGACUCUGAUUACAAAGAUGCUAAAGACAAAUCUGGACCUAUCAAGAAAACUAAGGCAAAACCACGCAUUCUCAAGGCACAAGCUGGUAAAAGUAAGCUGGAGCCAAAAUCUGCUGCUCGCCUCAAAACCAACAAAAAUAUUUUAAAACGGGAGAUAAAAGAGAAGUUAAUUACCAAGAGCAUUGAGAGCCAACUUCGAGACCUAGAGCAGCCGCGGGUGAAGGCGUCACCAGAUGCUGCUAGUGAUACUAAAGUUGUCAAGCAAACUCCUAAACCUGUAAAAAAAGAAAAGAAAACACCUGCACACAUGACAGCAUUAUUAUCUGAUAUAACAUCAUUGUUCUCAACACCAGAUGUCAUAAGAAGAGUUUCUACAGACACUAAAACACCUGGAAAAGAAUCUACACCUGAGGUCAGCAAACCUGUAGAAGUUAAGGAAAAACCCCGGAUCUUGGGACAAAAAUCUAAUGUUAAACCUAAACCAGCUACUCCCACAGAGAAAUCCAAUAAAGGAUUUGAUCUCAUUCCCCAAAUUGAUGAUGCAAGUUUAGCACAAAUAUUACAAGACACCACAGGCAUUUCUACAGCCCCAGUUAAAAGUCAACCAACUAUAACAACAGCUCAUGCCAUGAAUAGCCCAGGCCUGGCCGGGCCACUGUCCCCUACACUGGACCUUCUCGGAGGCCUGCAGCCAGAAGAGGAAGGGCUCACUGAAGAUUUGCUGAUGCAUGUUGCACAGUUAGUUGAGAGUUCUGAAAACCUACAAGAAGUCAUUGACAAACAAGUGUUGGGUAAGGUUGACACAUUACCCACCAAAGCUGCUGUGGCGUCGCCCUUCCAGCAACCUCCUAAUCCGAACUUGUACACUGCAACACCUACAAAGUCUGCAAAAUCAUUGUUACCGCGAAAGGACCCUAUAGAGAUCGUUCGUCGCGAUGGCCGGGUGAUAACUCUGCCCCCUAUAGAGGCGCCGGCGACUCGGUCGUCGAAGCGCAAGAGUCAGAUCGAGCCGGCCAGCAGCUCGGACGCCCCCCCGACAGCGCCCCCCGCCCCCGCGCCGCCGCCCCCGCUCGCGCUCACCCCCGAGCCGCAGCUGCUGCAGCCCUCCAGGCAGUAUGUCAACAAGAAGGCGGCUGCGGUGCCUCCUAAGAAACAACAGGACAUUGCUGAAGCUUUUGCUGUCGAGAAGGCGUCUGCAGAGUCACAAGAAAGCUGGAAUUCGGAAGAUGAUCCUUACAGGUUGUGGUGCAUAUGCAGGCAGCCUCACAACAAUCGGUUCAUGAUAUGCUGUGACGGUUGUGAAGACUGGUUCCACGGGAAGUGUGUCAACAUCACCAAGGUCAUGGGGCAACAGAUGGAGGAGCAAGGCAUCGAGUGGCGGUGCCCCAACUGUGUUAAGAAAACUAAGUCCUUGAAACCCUCCCCAAAGCUGGUCGUCGCACAAAAGAAGCGGGACAGCGACGAGGGUGUGGGUGCCCCGCGGAGGCAGUCGAGCGACGUGGGCGCGCCGGGCACGCCGCGGCGGCCGCACGACGCGAGGUCGCUGACCCCGCGGCGGCCGCCCGGCGCCUGCAUCGUGUGCAAGAAGCCGGCGCGCGCCAGCAGCAUCUACUGCAGCGACGCCUGCAUCCUCAAGCACGCGCAGGACUCGCUGGCGCCGCCCGCCAAGGACGAGCCCGGCGCCACGCCCGAUAGGCUGAAGGCGGAAUCGAGGGUUAUUGUAUUUGAAAGGAAAACCGGGAAGUGCUUGGCUGGUCCCAAUGCCCCCACAGCAGAGAAUCUAAAAACAUGGCUACAGAAAAACCCUACCUUUGAGGUCGUUCGGCCGGGGACACUCAGUGCCAUCAAGCCUAAAUUAGCCAGCAAGAGGCCAUCGAAUGAGCCUCACAAGAUACAGACGACGCUUAACUUUGAGAGAGUACCGAAGAAGGCGAGCCCCGGAGUGCCGGCGGCGCGCGCGUCCACCUCGCAGGAGCCGGCCGCGGGCCCGAGCCGGCCGCCAGGCGCCCGCGCGCCGCGCCCCCCCGCCUCCCCGCGUACUGUGCCGCCCGCGCAGUUCUACGACUCCCCCGCGCCCAAGCCCGCCACCCCCGCACGCCCCGCACCCUCCCCCGCCGACAAGAAGCAGCCCCGACCCUCCACCAGCAAGCAAUCUCAAGCCGAGAAGGCUUCAGUAUCGCCGGCGGCGUCGCGCAGGAAGGACUUACACAGCGAGCGCAGGAUGGGCGCGGACCCCAUCCGCGACAACGUGCGCAAGGCGCUGGAGGAGCAGAUCGGCCUGCGCAUGAAGGAGACCGCCGGGCCCAAGUUCUCGCAUCAGGAGACGGCGCAGUUCGCGCGCGACACCGAGGCCGAGCUGCACGAGCUGUUCAAGGACGUCGGCGUCAAGUACAAGGCCAAAUACCGCUCGCUCAUGUUCAACAUCAAAGAUCGGAAAAACCUCUCCCUUUGGGAAAAGAUUUGCGAGAAAGUCAUCACCCCUAAACAGCUGGUUCGUUUAUCACCGGAGGAGCUUGCUAGCCAAGAGUUGGCACAGUGGCGAGAUAAGGAAUCUAAAUAUCAGCUGGAACUGAUCAAGAAAUCGGAAUUGGACCUUCUAGCUGCCAGCAAGACGUAUGUCCUCAAAACGCAUAAAGGAGAGGAGGUAAUGGAAGCGAAAGAGUCCAUAUCCACAGAUUUGGACUCGAGUGUACCAGUUGAAGAUGUUGUAUCUGCUCUAAACGAUUCCACAGUAGGAGAAGGGGUAGUGCCUGAAAGUUCGCAAGAAUCAGGAACAGCCAUAAGAAAGAUGUCUGCAGACAGCGGUGAUAAAUACAGCAGUAAGAAGCGGGAACGAGAAGACAGCGAUAAGAGCCAUGCAAAGAAGAGCAAAAAGGACUCAAAGCGUGACUCAGACAGAAGAUCUUCCAGAAAACGAUCCGGCUCUAAAACAAAAGAAGACAAGCCUCGUCGCUCCGAGCGGCGGUCCAGUCGGUUGCGCAGUCCUUCCAGGGACCGGUCCAAGGUUGAGAAAAAGGCAGAUUCCAAGGAACGCUCGCGGCAUAGGUCGCGAUCUAGAACGAAGAGCAAGAGGUCAAAGUCUCGGGACCGCUCUAGGUCCAAGUCCGCGGCCCGAGAGCGGUCGGCGUCGCGGCGCCGCUCGCGCUCCCGGGACCGCCGCCGCAAGCGCUCGCGCUCCCCGCCGCGCACCAGCACCGACGAGAAGGUCGUUACUCGCUCCAGAUCUCAGGAGAAUGUCUCCAGCAAGAGCAAGAACGACUCGACAGAUUCAGAUUCAGUAGAACGGCCCAAGUCGGCGAUGAUGAAGGAGUCGCACCCGGAGUACGACCCGCACGAGCCCAUGAUCACCUCCGCGUUCUCCGAGGAAGACCUGCGCAAGUCCCGCGAGGACGUCUACGACGAUGCCUACAAGCCUGAAGAGUUGGAGAUGAGCAAUGUCACCUUUGACGCUUCCAAAUCCUUCUCCCUUGGCGAGAGCGCGUAUGCACAAAAGCGCGGUGAUCGACCAUCAGAAGCCGAGAGCGACCAAGAGCCCAGCAGUACGGUGGACAACGCGUCGGCGACGGUGUGGAACGGCUGCAUCAACAUGGUGGAUGUCGCCAGAUUUUACGUGGCUGCUCAUGAGGUUUCAGGAGUGUGUGCGGAUUUGGAGGAAGAUCUCAGCGCCGAGCUCGACAUAGUCGGCAGAAUAAACCCCGAUACAGUGUGGGACUACAUCAACAAGAUGAAGAGAAGCGGAAACAAAGACAUUGUGGUCCUGCGACUACAAGCCGCUAAUGACGAGGAGAAGAUGCAAUACAUUGCGUUGUACAGCUAUCUAAGCAGUCGAAACAGACUGGGCGUGGUGAAAGUCAGCAACACGACGACAGUGAAAGACUUCUACAUCUUGCCGCUGCCGGCGAGUGUCCCGCUGCCGGCGGUACUCUUGCCCCUCGAAGGGCCCGGAUUGGACGACGCGAAAUCCCACCUACUUAUAGCGAUAGUCGUUAGGCAGAGAAAGAAGAGAGCGGCCCCUCACAUUCCCACAGAUAUUAUACCAGCGAAGGUGGCGAGAGCGUCGCGCAAGAAGUCGUACACUCCGCCGCCGUCGGUCGCGUCCAGCAUCCUGCCGUCGGGCCUGCUGCAGCCGCCCUACUCCUCGCCCGCGCUCUCCUCCUCUGUGAAGGAUAAGAUCGCCGCCUCUUUGGCGGCAGCGGACGAGGACGAGGCGUAUAGCCCCGGCUCAUCCAGUAACGAGAGUCUCGGCGUGCCGCCCGCCGGCCCGCCCUCCGACAAGCUGCGCACCAAGAUGGAGGAGCUCAACCGACAGAUCGAGGAGCAGAAACAACAGAUACGCAAGAUGGCGCAGGCCGACUCUUCUGUUGAUGAGGACGAGGCGUAUUCGCCGUCGCGGCCGAUGACGCCGUCGCCGCCGCCGGCCGCCGUGCCCACGUCCGUCACGCUGGAGCAGAUCGCGCUGCCGUCCAACCUGCAGGAGAUCCUGGCCACCAUCAAGCAGCGCUCCGAGACCGCCACCGCCGCCGCCGCCACCACUGACAUCGACAUGAGGCUUCUUCCGCCUUAAAUUAAUCUUUCUAAGUGAAGAUAGAUGCUUGUUCAUCAUCUUUAUCAGUCUUGAGUUGUGGCCUUAUGGACUAAUUAAUGAGUACGGACGGUUAAGCUAAGUUUCGGCAAAAGAGCCCCUUUUUAAGACUUUUUAGCACAUAUUUUUCGUGAUAGUUCUUCAGUGUUUAUAGGCGUAUUUUUAUUGUAAGUUGAGUUAGUGUUAACAAUUGUGAAUCUUAAUUUUGGAAACUUUCUAAAGGUAAAUCGAGUCUGUCGAUCUAACUUUACAAAGAUUGACGAGUCGUAGUGGCACAAGUGACUUCACAUAACAUUAUCAAAAUGUUUGUUAGGCCAAUGUAGAGGUUAUGCUGGUUCUGUUGUAAUUGUGGGUUUGAUUUCUGUAUACUUUAAAACAUACAUAGAUAAGUUCGUAUCACAUAUUAUUAUGCCUAUAAUAAUUAUAUGGUGUUUAUUUUUAGGGUAAUGUUUGUUCACUUUAGGGAGAAUUAUUCAUAUAUUAUAUUCAGUAAUUAGAAAAUACUUGAUACAGUAUAUAACAGUUUAUUGCAGUAAAAUAUGUCAGUCUAUCAAUAGAGAGGUAAUUGAUAAGUGCAAUAAGUGGUCAUAAUUUAGAUACCACUAUAGAAAAUUUCUAAAGACUAUCAAUUUAAUUAUUGUAACUCACGGUUUUAAUCAUUUUGGAGGCUUGAAAUAUAGUAGAUGAUAAUUUAUUUACAAGUGUAGCAUUUUUUGGAGAAUAAGAAACAAAUAUGUACAUAAUGAACUUCUUGGAACUCGUUUAAUAUUCGCCGUGUACAAAAUUAUAGAAGUUAGAAUAUUAAAUGUUUUACUUAGUACAUCA